AUUAAUUUAAGUGCUUUCGCAUCGUUAAUUGUAUUUAAUUAUUACUUAAGUAAUAAAAUUUUUACUUAAGUUGAAUUAUUAAUUAUCGUUAAGUCAAAACUCGCGUCCGAAAAUAAGCAUAUGAAACAAGCGUUUUGAUUGGUUGUCAGGUUUGUUAAUAAAUUCAUGCCCGAGGUCGGAAGAAAAAGAUUGCCAUGUGAACACGACCAUGAUGAUGACUUCCAGCCACCAGCACCAAGCUUUGAAGAUAUUCUCACUGCUGCCAUUGCAGAUGUUGGUACAUUACGCUACUUCACCCGGCCUGCCAGAAGAUCAAGACUUCAAAAACAGAAACCUGGACCCAAACCAAAAGUAGUCAGGUUGAAGUUUUACCUUUUGCCAGAUGGUUGUGAGCUGCCAAAGUUCUCCAAGCAAGAUGCAGCUAUAGAGAGACACCAAGCAAUUGGCUAUGGUUUUCCGCCUGCAUACUACCACGAUGGCAAAGGAAAAGCACAUCCGUUUUCAGUAGACCUAGCAGAAGCAGACUUCAAAGAGAACAUCCGUUCUCUUUAUGCCAGACUUACUGGAAAAGACUUCAGCCUGUUCACCAACACCCAGAGUCGUAACCUUGUAGCUGCCCCAUUUAGCCCUACAUAUUUUAAGACACUAAAGUACCAGGGAACAGUUGUUAUCAAGAUACAGGAUCACCCGCAAGAGAAUACAGAUAAUGAGCAACUAGUCGCUCUGCCAGCUGAAAAUUCAACAACCCAUCCAGUGUCCCAUGUCAUUCCAACACCAGCUGUUAUAAGACCAGUUGUGUUGAGACCUGCACCAGCUGCUAUACAACCAGUUGUGACAACACCUGCACCAACAGUACAACCAACCAUGACAACUUCACAUGCAACACCUGUGCAACAACAGAUAGUUUCUCAUCCUCAGCCAGUAACACACCCUACAUCAACUCCACAGAGUUCUACACUCCCACAGACUACAACAACUCCACAACCAGCUGCAUGGAUCCCAACGGGCACUCCAGUUAUUGACAUCAAUCCAAGGCAUCGACUCAUCAUGGAGCAGGAGUUUGACUUUGCAGUAUCCCUCGCAGCUGAUCAGGACAGGGAAGCUGCACGCCAGACAGCUAGGGUACGUCGCAACCUUGCACGAACAGAACGCCAAAGGUUACGAGACCAACGUAAAGAGGAGCAGAAAACGAUGCAGACAAAUGCUGUAGAGGAGAUAGCCAAUUCCAGACAUAACACAGCACCAGAAGACAUGCUAUCAGUAAUUUUGGUUCUACCAGAUCAACAAGAGCUUAACAGGACAUUCUCCAAGGACACGUUAUCAGAGACUCUUCAUUUGUAUAUUGAGGGAGUAACAGAUGUGGUUAUGGCUAAACUUGUAUACUGUGGUCAAGUUAUCCCAAGACGACGAGAGACCUUAUCUGCUUUGGGCAUCACAGGGAACUGUCGCAUCAUCAUUGAAGAAGCAGACUUUGAGGAUUCAUCUGAUGAAAGAGAGUCUGAAGAAGAGCAAUCUCCAGAACCAAAGCAGUUACUUCACAUUACAGAUAUUUCAGACCUGGAGAGACGUCAGUCUAGAGUCUUUGACAGCCUAUUACCAGCAGUUGACAUCACAGUAGACAGAGACAACAUAGUUGAUGAUGUUCUGACCCUCUACAGAAGCAAACCAGACAUUAUCCACCACAGGCUUAAUGUAACAUUCGAAGGGGAAGAAGCAGCUUUAGACGUUGAUGGCUUGACUAGGGAGAUGUUUUCCUGCUUUUUCCUAGCCAUGUUUCUAAAGAUGUUUUCUGGCCGUACACACAAGCUUCCGAUGGUUGAUACACGGACUUUGUUUAAUGACACUUUGGUAAUUGUUGGCAAAAUCAUCAGCCAUGCUUAUGUUUUGUGUAAUUAUUUACCGCCAGCUCUAUCACCAGUUGUUUAUGUAUUGGCAAGUUCGGGGUGCUGUUCUGACGAUCUGAUACUGUCCUCGUUUAUGUCCUACAUUCCAGAAACAGACCAACAGUUAGUAAACUCCCUUCUUUUAUAUAAGACAAUCUAUUGUUGACAUUGCCAAGUUAAACAUGGUAGUUGUUCCUUUUGUGCCAAUUGCUAGAAUUAAAGUGGGAUUGGACUGUUAUCCGCUGUUGUGGAAAGGUGUUAGCGAAUCACUUAUUGUAAGUUUAUUGGACAAAUUCAAACCAACACCAGCAAAAGUUAUUAACCUGAUCAGUUACAAGUCUUCAGACAAUGCAACAAUGUCCAUGUUAGAAGAGAGGAUCAAAUCCUACUUAGAAAGAUUUAUCCGUUCGCUUUCAAAGCCACAGCUCCUGGCAUUUCUACGUUUCUGGACUUCGAGUGACACACUGUGUAUCCGUAAACUUAAUGUAGAGUUUAAUUCUACCCAAGGAAUUAACCGCAGACCAAUUGCAAAUACUUGUGAUGCAGUGCUCCAUGUGAGCCGUAUGUAUUUUUCCGCAGAGGAACUUGCUCAAGAGUUCAACCUCCACCUGAAUGACACAUCAGCAAGGGUUUUUGACUCAGUGUAGUUGUGUUUUUGACUAUUAUGUAUUAUAGUGCUUUAAACUAGACAUUAUAGUAGAUUAUGGUGCUUUCUUAGUGCUGUCAUGUUUUGAAAUAUUGUGUUUGUAUGUGUUUCUUUGUAAAAAGUGUGACUCUCCUGUAUACAUUCAUAAUGUUCAUGUAACUAAAAUUAAAAUUAAUUCAUAUAGACAAACUAGAAUUGUUUGUGAAUACAUAUAAUAAAAUUCUUUGAAAAGAUAAUUCAGAGCAAAUAUUGAAAAAAAAACACAUUUUUUAACUUAAUGAAUAAGUUUGGCAAAGACUGAUGUAAACCUGCAAAAAAAGUUUUUAAAAGUAAUUUCUGUCAGUAGAUUGUCAUCUAUUUUUGUAAUUCCAUCUGACAAGUUCAGUAUUGACAUUAUUUAUGUAAAUAGACUUUUCUUGAUAUUGCAAAAGAGCUUGUGAGUUCUAUGUGAUUUUAUGUUUUUAACUUAUUAAAUAUUUACCUUAUGUGUACUAUAAAAAAUAAUUGUAAUGUUUUUUUUGUGAAAGUAUAACUUAGUUUUAAGUUCAUUUACUAGUGAUAGUGUGAAUAAUAAACUGAUCAUAUUAGCUUAAAAAAUAUAUGUGGACAAGCAAGUUUUUAGAAAAAUUGUAAUAGAUGUUCACUUUUGAAAAAAUACAAUGAAAGCCAGUAUGAAAUUAUGAUCAGAUGCUCAAAUUCUAAAAAAAUAUAGUUUUUUAACAGAGAUUUUGGUCAGUAGAAAUCUUCUUCUAUUUUUGAUAUUCUUACAUUUUUAACGUAAUUUUGUUAUACUGUUGUAUCUUUACCAUGUCAUUAUGGUGUGUAAUUUAUUGAAUGAUAUCUUUAGCAUAGUUGUUGAAUAAAAAAGAACAAAAUUUAA